AUGGAAUUUUUCUGUCCAGGUUCUGGUGGAUAUUGCACGCUUUUGGCAGAACCUCAAUAUGGAGGAUAUCAAUUCUCACUGAACGUAAGUGCAGGAAGCUCCGUAAAGAAGACAAUUUAUCCAUCAAUGCCGGAAAGAGUUUAUAAUAUGAAAUGCUACAUAAAUUUUGUAAGUAGCACAGAUUAUUUUGAGAGUCCAUAUUUUAUAGAGCACAGAUAUGAAGGUGAACUAUCAGACUUUUCACAAGGAGUAAAAACAGCAAUAAAACCAGGCGUUUCCAGACUUUCCAUGGAAAUUGAUCCUUCAAUGGGACCCAUAACACUCGCAACCAUAUCAGUUACUAACCCACAUCAUAUUCUACGUAAUGUUGUUGAUCCGAAUCAAAGAGUCGAUGGAUCUUUUAUCCGUGAAAUGGUCAUUCCUUUUGUUGCAAACGCAACACAUAUCAUUGGCAUUGAUAUCCUUAAUUCAGAUUUUAUGCAUCACUGGACAUGGGCCAAAAGGUACGGCAGUUCAUUUAAUGAAUCAUAUAUGUAUAUUUCUAUGCGACCACUCAAGAAAUUUACUAUUUCUUACAUAAUUAUGGCAAAGAAAUCCGUUUCAUUCCAUGAUGCUGCAGAGCAAUGGCAUAAGACUUUCCCUGAGAUAUACGAUAUGGUCGAAUACGAAGCAGGUUCAUAUGCUCCUCAGCCAUAUAUGACGAAGUGGGCAGGUAAAGAAGACGAGCUUAUAAACACCUUCCUUGGUAGAUUCCAAACAGGUACAUUUUCAGGCGAUAAGUUGGAGAAUGUUUCAUAUUUCAAGAGAGUCAGUCCAACAUAUGUAUAUGCGAAUUAUGCAAACAAUGCAGAUUUUGAUUCAAACUGUGUCGAAACAGAUACCAACUGCACUUUGAUUAAAAACAACCCAAUUAUCAACAGUGAUGGCAACAGAGUUAUCUUCAGUAAUACGGCUUCUUCAUCGAAACUUCCAUUGGUUCCACCGCAAUCGGUUUUAGAUGUUACAAUGUCCGAAUAUAACGAAAACAUUGAUAAAUGGUCAUACAAUGGCGCUCACCUUGAUUAUACUAAUAUGAGAAUUGCCAACUAUGAUUUGACACAUGCUGAAGAGUUCACACCUUAUACAUUAAUCGACACCACUAAUGGUAAAGAAUGUUACAAUAUGGUAAUGACAAUGUUCCCUCUUGUCAAGAAACUUGUACAGAAAUCACCAAAAGGAAUUAUGAUUUCAAUGACAAAUGUCCCUCCUUAG